GGAGCCGCCGCGGUGUGUGUAGUGAAUGGUGAUUGACUGUCAGAGGGACACUCAACACCGGUACGGGCCGUUAACAGCUCAUCCCAGAAAUAAAUAUGUCUUGGCUGUUCGGUCUUAACAGAGGGCAGCCCGAGCCUCCUCCGGAGAUGCCUCAACCGCCUCCUCCACCUCCACCGGCCGGAGGAUCCGGAGGAUCAGGUGGAUCGGGCGAAAGACCCAAGGACAAAUGGAGCAACUUCGAUCCAACGGGACUGGAACGUGCUGCCAAAGCAGCCAAAGAUCUGGACUCUUCAAGACAUGCCAAAGAGGCUCUGGACUUGGCCCGCAUGCAGGAGCAGUCGGUUCAAAUGGAACAUCAGACCAAAAUUAAGGAGUAUGAGGCGGCUGUGGAGCAGCUGAGGGGAGACCAGGUGCGGGUCCAGGCGGAGGAGAAGAGGAAGACCAUGCAGGAGGAGACCAGACAGCACCAGGCUCGGGCACAGUACCAGGACAAGCUGGCAAGGCAGAGGUAUGAUGAUCAGCUACGACAGCAGCAAGCAAUCAAUGAAGAAAAUCUACGCAAGCAGGAGGAGUCUGUUCAGAAGCAGGAGGCGAUGAGGAAAGCUACCAUCGAGCACGAGAUGCAGCUACGCCACAAGAACGAGAUGAUGCGCGUGGAGGCGGAGUCUAAAGCCCGGGCCAAGGUGGAGCGCGAGAACGCUGACAUCAUCCGCGAGCAGAUCCGUCUGAAGGCCGCGGAGCACCGGCAGACCGUCCUGGAGAGCAUACGAACUGCUGGGGCGGUGUUUGGAGAAGGGUUCCGGGCCUUUGUGUCUGACUGGGACAAAGUAACGGCCUCGGUGGCAGGACUGACCCUGUUGGCUGUGGGUGUGUAUUCGGCCAGGAACGCCACAGGGGUGGCAGGGCGCUACAUCGAGGCGCGUCUCGGGAAGCCCUCGCUGGUGCGCGAGACGUCUCGAAUCACUGUGGCUGAGGCAAUCAAGCACCCAAUCAAGGUGUCCAAGCGGAUGAGCAGUAAGCCUCAAGAUGCUCUGGAGGGGGUUGUUCUUAGUCCUGUUUUGGAGGAGCGCGUUCGUGAUAUUGCCAUAGCAACAAGGAACACUCGGGAGAACCGUGGGCUGUACCGCAACAUCCUCAUGUACGGCCCGCCUGGCACUGGCAAGACCCUCUUCGCCAAAAAACUGGCAAUGCACUCUGGGAUGGACUAUGCCAUCAUGACGGGCGGUGAUGUGGCACCUAUGGGCCGUGAGGGGGUGACGGCCAUGCACAAAGUCUUUGACUGGGCCAACACCAGCCGACGAGGCCUUCUGCUGUUUGUCGAUGAAGCUGACGCAUUCCUCCGAAAAAGAUCCACUGAGAAAAUCAGUGAGGAUCUGAGAGCUACUCUAAAUGCAUUCCUGUAUCGCACUGGAGAACAGAGCAACAAGUUCAUGCUGGUGCUGGCCAGUAAUCAGCCGGAGCAGUUUGACUGGGCCAUCAACGACCGAAUAGACGAGAUUGUGAACUUUGCCCUGCCCGGCCUGGAGGAGAGGGAGAGGCUGGUGCGCCUCUACUUUGACCGAUAUGUACUGGAGCCCGCCACUGGGGGGAAACAGAGACUGAAGCUGGCCCAGUUUGACUACGGCCAGAAGUGCUCGGACAUCGCCCAGCGCGCGGAGGGCAUGUCUGGCAGAGAGAUCUCCAAACUUGGCGUGGCCUGGCAGGCCGCGGCAUACUCCUCCGAGGACGGCGUGCUGACUGAGGCCAUGAUUGACGCGCGGGUGGACGAGGCGGUGAGGCAGCACCGGCAGAAGAUGGACUGGCUCCACACCGAGGCCUCGGGGGAGGGGGUGGACGGCAGUGCCGUGCCAGGCGGGGUGGACCCUGGCAAGAUUGGCUUCACCCUGCCCCAUGGCGCACCACCGCCACCACCACAGGCCUUCUCUGGGAGCCUUCUAAAGGCAUACCCCCCCUUCAGGAACUUGAGUCGUAGUCUUUGGACCGGGACCAAAUCAAAAGCACCGCCUCCUACGGAAGGCACUUACAGGGUGUAAUUGGCCCGUUUCUGCCGUCCGUCACUCCUCUGCGUCACCAUCGCAUCACCAUCGUCCUCCUCCUCCAGUCACGCCUCAUUUUGAAGUGACCCUCCGGGCCUGUGAGACACCUAUCGGUCUUAAUGUCAACCAAUACACCUCAGACCACAGUGUUCAUAAAUGACCCAGCCAGCCAGUCGCUAAAUAAACACUGAGUACCUGCAUCACCGCAGCCAUACAGUCAAAAGUUACACUAAACAUAAUGCACUUGUUGUGAUGCCUGUACCAGAGUUUAAAAGACUGGGUAAAAAUGUGGUGCUCAUUUUCAGAGAGGACGUGUUGUGUGUAUUAUUCUGAGUGCCUCAGUACCGCCUCAGCCCAACUUCUGGGUCUGCUGCUGUUGGUAGCAGGUUUCAGAGUUCACCAUCCAGUCAUCUCUAGCUAAUCACCAACAGUUGAGGGUGGAGAGAGAGAGGGGGGGGGGGGGGAUAAUGAAGUGCUUUGGGACAUGGAAUAAUGAAGCGGAGUGCAGCGUCUUUAAAAUGGCGGUCGCAGUAAUGAGGCCCCUGUUAUCUGUUUGCCUGUAUUCUGUGUUGAUGUCGGAGCUGUGGGGGGGGGAGGGGGGCAGGGAGGGAGGGACUGUAUCUAUGUAUUCAUGAGGAUGAUGAUGAAUGGUCUGAUGCUAUGUGAUUCAGUUGAUUGAGUUGAAUCAACCUAAGUUUACUUAAACAUGAAAGAGACUGACUUAUAAUCUUGGCGUAACUAUAAAGUGGAUGAAGAGUAAUCAAAUGAAAUGGAGAUUUAUGUUUUUAUGAAACGUAAUAAUAAUAAUGAUUUCGUAACAAGCCUG